AUGCAUGCGAAGACGCUCUUCCUCCAGGCGGUCCUUACCAGUCUUGCCUUGGCCGAGUUCCCGUGGCCUCCGCGAAAAUGGACAGUUGGACAAGAAGUCGACACAAGCAGUGGCUUGCUUACUGGACAGAAAUCGGACUGGCAACCGGAAGUCUCGGAGUACCUAGGCAUUCCUUUCGCCGAGCCACCGAUUGGCGACCUGAGAUGGGCAGCACCUCGUCGAUAUCGUAGCGAUGAUGCGCAGAAUGCUACGCAAUUCUCUCCUUCGUGCCCGGCCAAUGUUGCGUCGCCGCCGGGAUCCAACCUAACUUAUGGGUCGGUUCGAGAAACCAUUGGUGGGGUCUUGGGUCAAGCAGGUGACACGUUCUCCGAGGACUGUCUCACUGUCAAUGUGUGGACCAAGCCGCAGACGGGAGCUCGGAAGAAGCCUGUCUUGAUCUGGAUCUAUGGCGGAGGCUUCAAUACGGGCAACUCUCGAAGCCCUGCAUACAAUGGCGCAGCCUUGGCGAAUAACUACGACGUCGUGGUCGUCACGAUGAACUACCGGAUUAAUAUCUUCGGAUUCCCUGGCGCACCAUUCCUUCCUGACAUCAAUCUCGGAAUCCUGGACCAGCGACUGGCGAUCGAAUGGGCGCGAGACAAUAUCGAGGAGUUUGGAGGCGAUCCUGACCAGAUGAUCCUGUUCGGGCAAUCCGCCGGCGGAGGUUCGACCGACAUGCAUGCUUACGCCUAUCCAUGGAAUCCAAUCGUUAAAGGAUACAUUCCCAUGAGUGGUUCUGUCUCAGUUCGAAGCCCCAGCACGCAAUCGCAGGGCUCCUCGUGGUACGCGACUAGCAAAGCCUUGGGUUGCGGUGGUGCCGAACCAGGAGAGGCAGAUUCAACCCUGGAAUGCAUGCGCAAGAAGCCCUUCCAGGAGAUCCUGAACGCUAUCAAAGCAUCCACGAACCCUCUAGAACCUGCCGGCUUCACAUUCUUCCCCAGUGCUGACGGAAAGAUUGUCUUCGAUGACUACGCGAAGCGACAGGAGGAGGGUAAAUUCGCCCGACUGCCCGUCCUGGUCGGUGCCACGAACGAUGAAGGCGGCCUCGCCGCCAUCACCGGGCCCCGACCCGGGCCUGGCGGGAACUCUACCGGCGGACUUUCCGGACUCUCCAUCCUUGGAUGCGGUCCACAUGCUGCUGCUCUUGCCCGACGUAAUCACGGCAUCCCAACCUGGAGGUAUCUCUAUGCGGGCGAAUGGCCCAACCAAGACAUCGGGUCGGAGGGCGCCUGGCACGGUGCGGAUAUCGGCAUCGUGUUCGGGAAUACGGAGUAUAUCACGCGUCGGCCGGAUACAGAGGAGCAGAAGAAGUUGAUCAAGACGAUGAGUACGGCGUGGACGACGUUUGCCAAGAAUCCAGGAUAUGGGCUCACGGCGUUGGGUUAUCCGCUGUAUACUCCUGAGCUUCCGACGGUUAUUCGCUUCGGUGGGGAGAAUUCGUCUGAAGUGGCCUUUGAAACACGUACUAAGUACGAUGCUCCUUGCGAAGCGCUGGAGUAG